AUGGAACUAUUUGGUGCGACAAGUAUUGGAAAAUACGGUGCCGAAGGGUCCUUGGCGACCUUUCGAGAAUACCCUGAUGAUCAAGCGCCAUGGACUUGUUGGAAGGAAGGGAAAAUAAGAACAGGAAGAGUUACUCUGAAGGAGUUAGCACGUUCGACUGGUGUGCACUGUGCUGGCGCUCUAUGCAUUCUCUUGAGUAUUUCAAGACAGGGGCCCAAGCGGUGCAAGCGUGAUGUCGAUCUGGGAUGUGCCACUAACCAUGGAUCCAAUGCUUUCCUACAACAGGGAUCAAGGAUAUGUCAAGCCGAUGGUCCCGAGAUGGUGAACCUAAUUGGUCCACAUCCAGGCUUCCAGUCUAGCAUUGCCAAGAGGCCAAGGGACGGGGUUGGGGAUAAAAAGCAAUGGAAAGAGGAACUUAUCAUUGAGUGUCACUAA